UGGAUUAGAUGUCGUGUUUCGUUUGUUCAGUACGGUCCGCCUUCCAGUAAUCUUACGCGCACUUUUUACAGAAAAAGGAUAGUUCGGGGUUCGACAAAUUUCCUCCAGCCAGCCUGAUUAUGGUGAUGCGUUCUGCGUUGAAGAAGGGUUGGCAGAAUGCCAACACCGGUUCCGAGUCGCAAUCGCACGUGGCGCGGUCUUGCAUGCCUCCAUCGCGGGUUGCCGUCAAAAUCUCCCCUGGGUACAUCUACGGUGUGCGAGAUACUACUACCAAUGGAGAAAACUAUUUCUACUUCAAGGGGAUUCCUUAUGCGAAGCCUCCGGUUGGACAUUUACGGUUUAUGUCACCGGUUCCGAUUGAUAAAUUUCCGGUGAGCUAUUUGGAUUGUACGACGGAGCGUGGCAACUGCAUGGGAAUGGACGUAAUCAGUAAGGAAAUCACGGGUUCCGAAGAUGGGCUGUAUCUGAACGUGUACACUCCGGUGUUGCCGCGGUCUGAUGGAGUUCCGCAGAGCCUUCCGGUGAUGGUAUACAUUCACGGAGGUGGAUUGAUAGGUGGACAUGCGGAUAGCUCGAUGUACCAUCCGAAUUACUUGCUACAAGAAGGUGUGGUCGUUGUGACCGUAAACUAUCGAUUGGGCAUUCUAGGAUUUCUUUGCCUACCAGAAGCAGGCAUUGAGGGGAAUGCAGGUCUUAAAGAUCAGAGAAUGGCCCUUCAAUGGGUUAGUCAGAAUAUUUCUAAAUUUGGCGGUAAUCCGAAUAAUGUAACGCUCUUCGGGGCAAGUUCGGGUGCGAUUGCAGUCAACUUGCAUUGUCUUUCAAAGGGUUCCAAAAAGUUCUUCCACAAAGCGAUCAUGCAAAGUGGAUCGAUCUACCUGGAAUGGGGACAUCAGGAGAAACCAGAGCAAAAAGCUCGCAAGAUGGCCGAAUUGCUUGGCGCUAAUCCCACAACCGAUGAAGAAGUGUAUCAGGUGCUGAAGAAUGCUCCGGCAAGAAAAUUAUUUGAACUCCAAUUCAAGGCUGUAACGAAACGAGAGGAACUGGUCGAGAAAUUGUUCCAGAUCCCAUUCCUACCGGUAGUCGAACGCGAACAAUCACGCGACGCCAUCAUAACCAAGCAUCCAACCGAGAUCAUGCGUGACCCGAAUGGUGUCGGUAUUCCUAUCAUCCAAGGAUACAACGAAUACGAUGGAAUGAUGGUUCUACUAGACGCAGUCAAAAAUCCCGACAUGUACAAUCUGCAACCAGAGCGUUUCAUUCCUCGUACUCUAAACGUAGACUGUUAUACUGAGGAGGCUCGCAAACUGGCCAUGGAGAUCAAGAAGGCUUACUUUGGGGAUCAGGAUGUAUCUCGCGAAACUGUCAUGCAGCUGGUAGAGCUGUUCACGGAUAAAUACAUCCUAUCCUACCGAAUUUCUUUCGAGUUGUGGGCCAAGUAUCAAAUCAGAGCCAAAAUGUUCGGAUACCGAUUCUCGUUCGAUGGAUUGCUCAAUAAAGGCAAGGCCAUAAUGUCCUUCGGCGGGUUGAAAGGGACAUGCCAUAUCGAUGAAGUGUAUUAUAUAUUCUGUUCUCCUAUUUUGCGAACUGAAGUUCCGAAAUCUAGCAAAGCCUACGAAAUGCGUGCCAAAUUGGUGCAUAUGUGGGCCAACUUUGCCAGAUGUAGUGAUCCUACACCGGAUGGAGACAUGGAGCUAUCAUUUAAAUGGAACCCGGUGCCACGAAUUCCAGUGGAUCUCGAAGAUGUUAAGUGCACUCUAUUAAGCAUCGCAGGUCCGAAUGAGAUCGAAAUGGCCGAAAUGCCGGAGCGCGAACGAAUGGAGUAUUGGACGGAGCUGUACAGAAAGUACAAUGGACACGUGACCAACAUUCUAGUUCCAACAGUGCCGCUCUUGGAUUCCGUUGAUAUGAAUAACAAUAGUGUGUAGGAUGGUAGUCAAACAAGUAGAUUUGAACUUUUAGAUAUCCAAUUAACAUGACAAUACAUAAUUGGUCCCAGCAAACUUGUGUAUUUUUAAAUGUCCAGUAAUACCUCACAUCGUCAAGAGAAAGUACAUUCCCAACCUUUGUUUCAACUUACUCUUCAUCCUGGUAGAAGGCAUAAA